AUGAAGACAAUGACAACAAGAAAAAGGUGUGAACUUUCCAGAACAGGCCCAGAGUUUGAAAAGGUGAUAAAGAGGUUAUUGUGUGUCCUGACUUUUCACACAAGAGUUGGAGGAUAUUUAAUUCAAGGAAUAAUAAACAGUGGAAGACCAGCUAAUACAGAGCAGAUGGCCCUGUAGGGCCAUGCUAAGCAUUUCAAUGUCUUUCCCCUCGACCUUUGGACUCAAGAUGGCUGAAUGCUGGUUUCUUUAGCUAAAAAUAAAAUUGAUGCACUUGGGAACACCAUAAAUGGAGCUGGCUUCUGGUUCCUGGAAUUGCCUCCCAGAUAG